CGCCUUGGGAUGUCGGGGGGGCUGAGGCGGGGCCCAAUGGCGCUGCCCGCGAGGGCCUGUUGCAGCCGGUGCCGCUGGCGCCACCAGCGCCUCUCCCUCGCCCACCCUCAGCGCUCUUCCUCGCUGCUGGCGACCGCGCCGCAGGCCAAGCCCGGCUGGGUCGGGCUCCCCGCGCCGGCCUCUCCCCGCACAGCCGCCCCGUCCUUGCUGCCGCCGCCGCCCUGUCCGUGGCUGCCCCCCGCGCGCCCCUACAGCAGCGAGCCCGAGCGGGGCGGGCGGCGGAAGCCGAGCGUGGUGGUCGUGGAAGUCCCCAAGCCUCUGCUGUGGCUCCGCACCCGCCUCUACUUCUUCCUUAUCCGCGCCUACUUUGACCAGGAGUUCAGCAUCCGCGACUUCACGGAGGGGGCCAAGCAGGCCUUUGCUCUUGUUUCAGGACUAAUUUCUCAAUGUAAAUACGAUCUACUGGAGGAACUUGUGUCAGAAGAGAUGGUCCAGGUGCUAAAGGAGAAGCUUUCUUCACUGUCUGAAAACCACAAAAGUGCCCUAGCUGCUGACAUGGAUGAAAUAAUGUACACAACAGCAGGAGAUGUUGGCAUUUACUACGAUGACAGCGGAAGGAAGUUUGUUAGCAUCCUGAUGCGUUUCUGGUAUCUGACUAGCGUUGACCUCCCUGAUGAAACUCCAGAUGGAACCAAAGUAUUCCAAAUUGUGUUUGGAGACACAACAACAAAGGAAACAAAACGUCUCUUAACGGCAAAUUAUGAAUUUCGAAGAGAAUUUACGCAAGGUGUGAAACCAGACUGGACAAUUACACGGAUUGAACAUCCAAAGCUGUUAGAAUAAGCUGACUGAACAGAGACUUUCAUAGACAAUUAUCAAUAUUCUGCUGCAUCAACGAACAUCUCAAGAUUCAUGAACCACAAUCUAUUGUGGACUAAUUUUGUACUUCUUAAAUACCCAAACACAGUCAUUCUCAGAGGCAUAAAAAUAAAAUCUUUCCCAUCAGA